CUUCCAGGCUGGAUCCUGUGCGCUCACGCUCCUCCUCCUGCCCCCCGCCUCCCAGCCCAGCGCGGCCCGGUACCAGCGUGUGGUCCCGCCAAAGGAGCCAUCUGUGCCUCGUGCUCUUCGGAUUGUGAGGGUGUGCGUUCGCGGCGCGUGGCGCUAGCCAUGGCGAUGGAUCAAGUGAACGCGUUGUGCGAGCAGCUGGUGAAAGCGGUGACGGUCAUGAUGGACCCCAGCUCCACCCAGCGCUAUCGGCUGGAAGCCCUCAAGUUUUGUGAAGAGUUUAAAGAAAAGUGCCCUAUCUGUGUCCCCUGUGGCUUGAGGUUGGCUGAGAAAACACAAAUUGCCAUCGUCAGACAUUUUGGUCUUCAGAUCCUGGAACAUGUUGUCAAGUUUCGGUGGAACAGUAUGUCUCGAUUGGAGAAGGUCUAUCUGAAGAACAGUGUCAUGGAGCUGAUUGCAAAUGGAACAUUGAACAUUUUGGAAGAGGAGAAUCAUAUUAAAGAUGUUCUGUCUCGAAUUGUAGUAGAAAUGAUCAAACGAGAGUGGCCACAGCAUUGGUCUGAUAUGCUAAUAGAAUUGGACACUCUUUCCAAACAAGGGGAAACACAGACAGAAUUAGUGAUGUUCAUCCUUUUGCGACUGGCAGAAGACGUAGUGACCUUUCAGACACUUCCCCCUCAAAGAAGAAGGGAUAUCCAGCAAACAUUAACGCAGAACAUGGAUAGGAUCUUUAGUUUUCUACUUAACACACUUCAAGAUAAUGUCAACAAGUACCGGCAAGUGAAGACUGAUACUUCUCAGGAGUUAAAGCUCCAAGCAAACUGUCGAGUAGGCAUUGCAGCACUAAAUACUCUAGCAGGCUACAUUGACUGGGUAUCUAUGAGUCAUAUUACUGCUGAAAACUGUAAACUCCUGGAGAUGCUCUGCCUGCUUCUGAACGAACAGGAACUUCAGCUGGGAGCAGCUGAGUGUCUUCUCAUUGCAGUCAGCAGAAAAGGCAAGUUGGAAGACCGGAAGCCCUUGAUGGUCUUAUUUGGAGAUGUUGCCAUGCAUUACAUACUCUCUGCUGCACAGACUGCAGAUGGAGGAGGCUUGAUAGAAAAACACUAUGUCUUCUUGAAGAGACUCUGUCAGGUGUUGUGUGCUUUGGGCAAUCAGCUCUGUGCAUUACUGGGUGUAGAUUCUGAUGUAGAAACACCAGUGAACUUUGGAAAAUACCUGGAAUCUUUUCUUGCUUUCACAACACAUCCAAGUCAGUUUCUACGCUCUUCAACCCAGAUGACUUGGGGAGCCCUCUUUAGGCAUGAGAUCCUAUCCCGUGAUCCUUUGUUACUAGCAAUAAUACCAAAAUAUCUUCGUGCUUCUAUGACUAACCUUGUGAAGAUGGGCUUUCCUUCUAAAACAGACAGCCCUAGCUGUGAAUAUUCUCAAAUUGAUUUUGAUAGCGAUGAAGACUUCAAUGCUUUCUUCAACUCUUCCCGGGCCCAACAAGGAGAGGUGAUGAGGUUGGCAUGUCGUUUAGAUCCCAAGACUAGUUUCCAGAUGGCUGGCGAGUGGCUAAGGUAUCAGCUGUCAACUUCUAUUGAUACUGGAUCCAUGAAUUCUGGAACUGGAGAAGGUGGCCUCUGCUCCAUUUUCUCACCUUCAUUCGUUCAGUGGGAAGCCAUGACUUUUUUUUUGGAAAGUGUGAUCAACCAGAUGUUUCGAACACUAGAUAAAGAAGAAAUUCCUGUUAAUGAUGGAAUAGAGCUGUUGCAGAUGGUCCUGAACUUUGACACCAAGGAUCCCCUGAUUCUCUCCUGCGUUCUCACUAAUGUCUCAGCGCUCUUUCCAUUUGUCUCCUACAGACCAGAAUUCUUGCCCCAGGUCUUCUCUAAGCUAUUUUCAUCUGUCACUUUUGAAACUGUUGAAGAAAGUAAGGUCCCCAGAACCCGGGCGGUAAGGAAUGUGAGGAGGCAUGCUUGUUCCUCCAUCAUCAAGAUGUGUCGGGACUAUCCGCAGCUCGUGCUGCCCAGUUUUGACAUGCUUUAUAACCACGUGAAGCAACUUCUCUCCAAUGAGCUACUCCUGACACAAAUGGAGAAGUGUGCCCUCAUGGAAGCUCUGGUUCUCAUUAGCAACCAAUUCAAGAACUACGAGCGGCAGAAGGUCUUCCUAGAGGAGCUCAUGGCACCGGUGGCCAGCAUCUGGCUUUCUGAAGACAUGCACAGAGUGCUGUUAGAUGUUGAUGCUUUUAUUACCUAUGUGGGUGCAAAUCGGAAAAGCUGUGACCCAGGCUUGGAGGAUCCCUGUGGCCUAAACCGUGCACGAAUGAGCUUUUGCGUGUAUAGCAUUCUGGGUGUUGUGAAACGAACUUGCUGGCCCACUGACCUAGAAGAGGCCAAAGCUGGGGGAUUUGUGGUGGGUUAUACACCCACUGGGAAUCCAAUCUUCCGUAACCCCUGCACAGAGCAGAUUCUGAAACUUCUUGACAAUUUGCUUGCCCUUAUAAGAACCCACAAUACUUUGUAUGCACCAGAAAUGCUAUCCAAAAUGGCAGAGCCUUUUACGAAGGCUCUAGAUAUGCUUGAAGUGGAAAAAUCUGCUAUAUUAGGAUUACCUCAGCCUCUCUUGGAACUCAAUGACUCUCCUGUCUACAAAACAGUCUUGGAAAGAAUGCAGCGUUUCUUCUGCAACCUCUAUGAAAACUGUUUUAAUAUCCUAGGGAAGGCAGGCCCUUCCAUGCAGCAAGACUUCUACACUGUGGAGGACCUUGCUACCCAGCUCCUCAGCUCAGCCUUCGUCAACUUGAACAGUAUUCCUGAUUACCGACUCAGACCCAUGCUUCGGGUUUUUGUGAAGCCUCUGGUGCUCUUCUGUCCCCCAGAGCACUAUGAAGCCCUGGUGUCUCCCAUCCUUGGACCUCUCUUCACCUACCUCCACAUGAGGCUUUCCCAGAAAUGGCAAGUCAUUAACCAGAGGAGCCUGCUGUGUGGAGAAGACGAGACUGCAGAUGAAAAUCCAGAGUCUCAAGAGAUGCUGGAGGAGCACCUGGUGAGGAUGUUAACUCGAGAAGUCAUGGAUCUGAUCACGGUUUGCUGUGUUUCAAAGAAAGGUGCUGACCACAGUACUGCUCCUCCUGCAGAUGGAGAGGAUGAAGAGAUUAUGGCCACAGAGGUAACCCCCUCAGCCAUGGCGGAGCUUACAGAGCUGGGCAAAUGUCUGAUGAAGCAUGAGGAUGUUUGUACGGCACUGUUGAUUACAGCCUUCAAUUCCCUGGCCUGGAAGGACACUCUCUCCUGCCAAAGGACAACCACACAGCUCUGCUGGCCUCUCCUCAAGCAAGUGCUGUCAGGGACACUGCUCACAGAUGCUGUUACGUGGCUUUUCACCAGUGUGCUGAAGGGUUUACAGACGCACGGGCAGCACGACGGGUGCAUGGCUUCCCUGGUCCACCUGGCCUUCCAGAUAUAUGAGGCACUGCGCCCCAGGUACCUGGAGAUAAGAGCUGUGAUGGAGCAGAUCCCUGAAAUACAGAAAGACUCUCUGGACCAGUUUGACUGCAAGCUUUUAAACCCCUCCCUGCAGAAAGUGGCUGACAAGCGUCGAAAGGACCAAUUCAAACGCCUCAUUGCUGGUUGCAUCGGGAAACCCUUGGGAGAGCAGUUCCGAAAAGAAGUUCACAUUAAGAAUCUCCCCUCACUUUUCAAAAAAACAAAGCCAGUGCUGGAGACAGAGGUGCUAGACAGCGAGGAAGGUGGCCUUGCCACCAUCUUUGAACCCUGAAUCAAGCUUUUGGGCAUCCUUCCUCAGCCUUUAUUGUCAUCUCUUCUUCCUCUUCCUAGCUGAUCUCUAGGCCCCUCUCCACUGCCACCUCGCUUUCCACCAUUGUCAGCCUGGAGAGAUCCUAGUCUGGAGCUGGAGAGGGUAAGCCCCUUGCAGGGCCAGAAGUAAUUAUACUGAAAUACCAAGAAAGGGAUUUAAGGCUUAACACCAUUCUGUCAAGUCCAAGUAGAAUGGGAGACAUCUGGGAAAUCUGGACAGAAUUCUACUUGGACUUUUGGCUUUUCCAAUAGAGAAGCUAGAGUAGAGCAGCCCUUCCCAAUGCAGCCACAAGACUGCAGCUAGCUGGGCUUGUGGCAAGUGCUCACCUCACCUAGUGCCAGAGUUUCUCCUGGUCCACCAGAAGUCCCAUGAGCCCCCUUGCUGCUGUGCUGGCAAGGAACGUUCCCCAUCCUCCAGGGGGGAUGCCCAGUUCCCUCAUCUUUGUUUUGAUUAAGAAUCUGGGCACCUAAUGAGAUCUGUGACAUAGGCUACUGCUAAGUUCUGGGCAUAGUACCAAGGAUAGUACCUCCAGGGACCAGAGCUGGGCUCUAGUGCUUGCAAGCUUCCUCCUCAGAGGUCACACAUCUUGCCCGUUCAUGAACGACCCCUCAGUGUGGUUUCCCCAGCUCCAUGGUCCACUCAGGCACAAGAGCCACAUAACCCUAUUUAGUGUCACAAGAGGCCACUGGCAUCCAAGGAUAAUCCAGACAACUAUACUACAUCUGUGACUAGCUGCUAACAAAGCCACUGAUCUCCUCUCCUAGGACUAGCUGAUUCCAGGUGCCUUCAAAAAUCUUUCAGUCUUUUGGGUCCCUGGCAUUUCUCCCAUUGGGUAUUUCCCUAAGGAAAGAAAGAAGAAAAUAUAACUUCCCAACAUAACCUGUACUUAAUGUCCAGUCCAUUCUAGAGAGAGGUCACUGGAAGGCCCUGCAAGUAGGGGGAAGUGGGAGCAGGACCCUAGUCUAAGGCAGACUUAAUCCCUACAGAAACUACUAUUCCUGUGCUCUGCAAAGGCAAAGGUCUCCCAUCAGUCCAUUUGACUGAGGGUUUCAAUGAGAGCCAGAGUAAGGACUGAAUGGAGUCAGAUUAGAUGGAGGCUGUAGUUUUUAGCUGGUGCAGGCCCAUAGGCAGGGUAAAGGUUGGGAAGAGGCAAAGAUGGAGAAGCAGGACUUGGAGUCUUAGGUUGUUUCUGCCACUCCUGCUUCCUCUUCCUGGGUAGUGCUUUGGGCUUCUUUCUUGGUUGUGAAGGUGAUCCCAAAGCCUGAUUCCCUCCCAACUUGAUAACUGCCUAUUCUUCUGUGGUUUGAGCUACAGAGGACAUAGUUGUAUUUAUUGUGUUGUAAUAUUUUUAACAUCCUGUGACUUCAUGCUAGAAGUUUUCUAUUGUUUAUAGAACCUUUUUGUAGAAACAUUAACUCUAAAGCACAUCUGCAUGUAAGUAAAAAUCUCAAUUUCAUACAGAAAGGGCCCCAUCUGCUUUUUUCAAGCCAGUCUUAAAAUCAAUGACAUACUUUAGGGUCACUGCUUCUCAGACACAUUCUGCCAUGGGGACUGGGCAGGGGCAACUGUGACUAGUGAACUUGCCAUGUCCAACUCUCUGAAGUGGUGUCACCUAUUCUAUUCUUGACUGACCUAGACCAAGCAGCACAUAUUCUCAGUGUGUCGGUAGCAUACAGUUGCUAGGCCUGACCCCAAGUUACUGUCCAGUGGGAACUGCUGUUCCCCUCUCAAAUAGGUAGUGAUAGCAACGAGACUUGGUUUCUGUCAGGAACUUGCCCCAGUAAUGCAGAGGAUAGGUGAAGUGGUAGAUUCACUCUGGCUCCCUUAAGUAUCUUCCUGGGAUCUGGCUGGGCCCUCAGAAACCACCUCAAUUUGGCAUUUCUGAAGUCUUAGAAGGGCUCAGCUGUGACCUAGUGAUAUCUGAGCCCAGUGUCUCCUGAAUUGCUAAAUGUCAAACCUGUUCUGAGGUCCCAUAUUUUGGCCCCCGAAUUAAGAAGUGGUCUAACAAAAGGAUUUCUGUUUGGACGUAAAUUUAUUUACAUGAAAGGCCUUACAAAGGCAUAAAAGUAACAUUUUGUGGCACAUUUAACAAAAGGUAUUGACUGAAAUAAAGCUGGAAUGGUCCAGAAAAAUUCAGGACCCCUAGUCACACUGGGCUCUGCAUAGCAGUCCUGUGGGGGGCAGGUCAGGACCCAAAAUCUUCAGCUUGCCUCUGAGGAACAUCAAAAGCCAGUCAUCCCAGUAGGUCCAGUGCAAAUCUCAGUCCAUCUGAACUGCGUCUAGUUCAUCCAAGAACCGCCGGCACUUUCCCAUCAGUACUCUGAUGGCUUCACUUACCAGCACAUCUGGUGGCAACACCCCUGUUGACUCUACAGAGACUGGGGACCAAAGAGACACUUUAGCCCAGACAGGGCUUGCCUUUCCAAAGCUCCAUACAAAAUACUGCUAAGUUUCACAUCUGGACUCUGAAAGGAAGCUGUAGCACCAAAAAGUGCCCUGUCUCCUUCCCUUGAUCCACCCAUAAUACUCACAAAUAUAAUGAUCCCGAACACGGGCCAACCGUACAACCUUCUUCAGCUUCUCAUUCCGGAAGACUUCCCUGCUGAAGGUAUCCAACCGGGGAUUGGCAACUCUAGCCACCUUUUUACCUAAUGAAAACAAAUCAUGUUAUAAAUACUUUA